ACGUUUUUCAUAUCGGACGAGCAGCACCACAGAUCAAGAGCCGCGCGUAUCUAGCCACAAUUCGCGCGACCGCGCCUGCGUUCGACAUCAAAUCCUGUUCUUUUUUAAUUGCCACAUGUAACGCACGUGUCGUCCGGUUCCAGGAACUGCAACAAUAUUAACCGUUAAUUUGCCAGAGAGCUUAGUGUCUGAGGCCUCUGAAAGUCGUCGAGAAAAAAAGAAACAUCACAGUUAACGUUUACGAAAAAUAUCAAGAAUGUGGCAUUGUUUGUCGCUAACAGUUUCAAAACAAGUGAAAGAUUAACGCGUGAUUAAAGCGCACCGCGCUCCGGUCCAAUAAUCCAUGACGUGUUUUCCACGCGCCGUCUCCGUGUUUUGACUACCACCACCAACAGCAACACAGUGAACCCUACCAACACAUAGCCGUUGCGCUUGCAAUCCCCUCUGUGUUUUUCAACAAAAUGGCUGAUUUAGGGGAUGAUACCGGAGCGAGAGCCCUGCUGGCCCUCAAAUCCGCUCCUUGUAGCCCGGUGGCUGUUUCUAUCGCGCCCGUGUACACUUUCUCCUCCUCGACGUCGCCCGGGAUCAUAUCAUCCAUGCCCCUCUCCCCUCCGUCGCAGGCCCUCGCUCGCUUGGAAGGCAGGGACUUCGAGUUCGUCAUGCGCCAGAGGACGGUGACCGUGGGGCGGAAUUCGUCGCACGGCUCCGUGGAUGUCAACAUGGGCCACUCGAGCUUCAUAUCCAGGAGACAUCUGCAGAUCACCUUCGAGGAGCCGCAUUUCUACCUACGCUGCCUCGGCAAGAACGGUGUGUUUGUCGAUGGCGUUUUCCAGAGGAGAGGCGCACCUCCACUUCUCCUACCGAGGGAGUGCACAUUUCGAUUUCCCAGCACGGUGAUAAAGAUUCAGUUUACAUCGCUCUACCACAAGGAGACACAGAAGGAGGAGGCUCCUGUAUCACCUGUGAGACCCCUUUAUCCACAAAUAUCUCCGCUGAAAAUCAGCAUUCCUGAAAAUGACUUCAGAAGUAUGAUGAGUCCCCUGCCUUCGCCGACAGGAACUAUUAGCGUUCCCAAUUCCUGCCCAGCGAGCCCUCGGGGCGCAGGUUCUUCAGGAUACCGCUACGGCCGCAACAUCACCUCAGAUCUCCAGCUGGCAGCGGAGUUCGCAGCCAAGGCUGUGUCAGAACAGCGCACUGAAGCCACCGGUGGAGACAGUCCUAAGGAUGAGUCCAAACCUCCAUACUCGUACGCUCAGCUGAUAGUCCAGGCCAUCUCGUCUGCACCGGACAGACAGCUAACACUAAGUGGCAUCUACGCUCACAUCACCAAGCAUUAUCCGUACUACAGGACGGCAGACAAGGGCUGGCAGAACUCCAUUAGACACAACCUGUCUCUCAACCGCUACUUUAUUAAAGUGCCACGCUCACAGGAAGAGCCAGGCAAAGGUUCGUUCUGGCGCGUGGACCCCUCAUCAGAGGCCAAGUUGGUGGAGCAGGCCUUCAGAAAGCGUCGGCAGAGAGGGGUGUCCUGCUUCCGCACGCCCUUCGGCCCUCUGUCCUCCAGGAGUGCUCCUGCGUCUCCCACCCACUCCGGCCUCCUCUCUCCACACUCGAGCGGCCUCCAGACCCCUGACUGUCUGUCACGGGAAGGAUCCCCAGUGUCACAUGAGCAUGACUUUGGUUCCAAGCUUGCGUCUGUGCCUGAGUACCGAUACUCCCAGAGUGCACCAGGCUCUCCAGUGAGCGCCCAGCCUGUAAUCAUGGCCGUACCACCUCAGUCCUCAGCCGCCAUCCCCAAGCCUGUGGCUUACAUGCCGGCCUCCAUCAUUAGCUCCUCCCAGGCCUCUGGUCAGGCCAUCCAUGUGGUGCAGCAGGCGCCAGCUGUCACCAUGGUCCGUGUAUUGACCACCUCUACCAGCUCCCCCAAUGGCUACAUCCUGGCUAACACCACCUCCUCAAGUUCAGGAGAGGGACAUGGAGAACAAAGAGUGGAUGAGAUGCCUGUGGUUGGCAGUAGAGUUAUUCAGGCUGUAGGGAGUCACAUAAACUCAGCCAAUAGGGGGCAGCAGAGCUACACUGUUGUCCAGCAGAGCGCCAUUCACCACCUUCCUGUGCAGACUAUUUCUCAGAAUGGCAAACAUGCUCUUCCUGUCGCCAGUGUACCAACCAGUGCUUACGCUCUUACCAAUCCUCUUCAGAUCUUGGCUGCCCAGGCUUCAACAUCCCCACCUGUGCUGGUCAACAGGCCCUCCAGCAUGGCAACCGACGAGUCCAGCAUCAACGAGCCCGAGCCCAAACGGCCCAAAAUGGAGGAGGACGGUGUCGCUCCGGUCCCCCAGCCUGUUAUUGUUGCAAUGAACCAAGAGGCCAGCGAAUGAAUGAGUGAGUGAACGAGUGAGCCGAUGACGGAUCAUUAAAGCACAUCUCACGAUAUCGUCAAACAUAUUGAGGGAAGCGUGUGUGGUUUUCUUUAAAACGAGAACUUAAAAGUUUUGUAAACGCCCGACGUGGGUAAAUGAUCGAAUGUCUUUGUAAGAAGAGGUUAAGCGUUGUUGUUUCAUGGGGGUAAAUUCAUUGAGCUUCAUCAGGCAGCAUUAAAAUUCAAUGCUCACACAGUUUUAAUUUUGUAGGGGUUUUUAAUCUUGUAAGAAUGUUUGAAAGAAGUAUGAAGAGAGGUACAUGUGCUUAAAGACACCAGCUAGGCAUGUGCGCUCAGGUAGUUCCUCACAAGGUACAGCUGAGAGAGAGUUCUUCUUUUUGGGUUGGGGUGGGACCAAUACCUAUGCAGCUAUUACAGACUGAGACCAUGAGUCUCUGAAUUGAAACAGUAUAUAAAAACGGUCACAGGAAGCUGUGCGUCACCGCAGCUACCUGUGCGGCCUUUGUGAGGAUUUAUUUAUCUCUCUGUUAAAAAAAAAAAAAAAAAAAAAAAGGCAAUCUUUAAUGAAACAAUGUUACAACUCAAAGCACAUACAGUAGACAACAAGAAAUGAAUAGAUAUUAUAGAGGCCUUUUCUAGCUGGAGUUCUUUAACCUACAUUAUCAUAGUGUACAAUAUGUUUUUCUGUGGAGGAUUCUUACCUUGCUUGCUUACUACAAAGAGACAUGUCUAGAAAAAUGCUUAUUUCUUAAUUGGUCUAUGUUUAGCGCAAAAAUUAAAAAGAACUCGAUGAAUGUAAGUAGCGUUUGUUUAUUUGUUCAUGGCACCCACUUGUGACCUAAACUAUAUAGUAAACCAUUAGAAUGUGAUUGUAGAUACAUUUUUGAUGUUCUGUGUUAAAACAAAUAAGGAAGUUUGUAGUUCAUCGUAUUUAACGUAGCUCAGUCUUGUUGGUCGAUCCCCAUUAGCACUUGGCCAAAAUACUUACGCUGCAUUCACACGGGGCACCGACGUCGGCGCUUCUCAGAGGGCUUGGGUGCUGUCGACAGCCAAUCGCAUUACUCUCCGGUGUUGCAUAAAACACAGUUGACUAAAGCCUGCGCUAUGGAGAUCUGAUUGGCUGAUGCCUGCGUUGGCUCUUGAAAAGUUGAACAUUUUUCAACUUCUGCCACAAGCGACACCAGUGACACGAUACAACGGAACCCGCGAUUCAGUUAAGCAACGCAUGACGUCACCCGUUCAAAGUAAAUGAGAAUCGUUAAUGCCCCGUGCGAAUGCACCGUUAGAUAUCUUGUGCAACAAAAUCCCGAUUGCAUCAAUGGGUGAAUGCAAGCACACAAUACGUUGUAUCUGAUGUCAACCAAAUGCUUUUCCAGACCUAGGAAUGUACCUGUUGCAAAGGCUGUUUCUUCACUGACUUUCUGUGAUCACUUACUAAUCACAGAAGCCACUAAAUGAAUGUUCAGUAUUUUUCUGAGAGUUCAAGAAACUUAUUUUUUAGGAAUAUACACAAAGUAAGCCUUUAAUGAGACUUUCUAGUUUUACUAAGAGAAGAGGAAAUAUAUAUUGUUAGGAUUAUUAAAAAAUGUGCUUUCAAGACAAUCACUAACAGGAUUCAGUUCAGUAACCGCUUUGUAUGUUGCAUAUUAUACGCAGCAGUAAAGUACCCUAGAGUGAGCCAGCGUUUGUUUGCUAGCACAGUCGUACAGUGACGGCCGUACAGUGUUCCUUUUGUAGUAGAAAUCGAAACUUUAACAGACCAAAUACAUAUCCACCUCAUUAUUAGUGCCUUAGUGCUCCACUUCUUUCAGGACUAAUUAAAAGUCAUUGUGAUGUACUACUUACAACAUCAAACUUGCCUACUAAUAAGUUAAUUCGCAGGUUUGAAUGAAUGAACUCAUCUUGCAAGAACAAAUGAACAACGCAGCAUCCUGCCUGUGUAACAAUGGAGGGAUUGUAGAACCCUAGAAGAACAGAUGAGGGUGACUAUUUGUGUUGUGACUGGAAGUGACUGAGCAAUACGAUAAAAGUAGACAGGAAAUGAAAUCUCGCUGGUUCUUUAUUGUUUGACCGGUGAGGUUUUGCAUCAUGUGCAAGCUUCAAAGCUUCUUAUAGCUCAGUGGAUUAAUGCAUAAAUCAAGAGGAAUUUGCCAGUAAACAAAGAAAAAAGGUCCUUUGGAGGUUUUAAAGGCAUCAAAAGAACAUUUGGAUUCCAGCAAUGCAGAUGUAUCAAUGUAAAAAUAUAGAGAUUGAUUAGAUGUGACCCUUUCAUGUCUUCACAAUGUGGACUUCAAUAAACAAAAUGAAUGAGAGAACCACUAUUCCAUUUUGAAGUAUAAUUUCUAUUUGAAACAAAUCAAUACGUCUAUUAUGACUGGCCUGACAAAUUAAAGAAAUGCAUAUAUACAUGUUUGUUUUUUUGUUUCGUUUUUUCUCAGAAAAUUCCUUUUAGAUCAUUAUGGGAUAACCAAUGGAACGAUGAAUUGUUAACACAAUUAACGUACAGAAUUAGCUGUCACUGCCUAAAUGUUGUUCAUGCAUUUUUUUUUUUUUUUUAACAAUCUGCCACAGUUCUGUAUGCAUGUAUAACCAUGGAGUAUUUUUAUCUCAAAGAUAUUCUGAUUUUUUUUUUUUUUUUUUAAUUAUUAUUAUUAUUUCCUUUUUGUGCUUGUUCUGUUCGUUGCUUUUUGCAUAUGCAAGUGUUUAUACACUAAACAUUUCUAAUUUAAACUGUUUCCUUUUUCUUUUGAAACAAGUUAUAAUCUGUUUCCACUUCAAUCAUCCUGCUUUAUGAGAUCAUGCCAUACAUCUGUGAAUGUCCACUGGUUUGUCUUUUAAUGUGUAUUCAAGUACACAAAGUGUAUGAGGGCUUUUCUUCUGUCCAUGCAGUUUAUGCAAUGGUGUAUCUGGAAUGAAUAAAAAUACUUCACUGGCUAAUCUUUUAAAUGAA